GUGAGUUUUUAUCAAAUAUAAACAUUCCAUACAUAAGGUUCAAGCAAACAAUACUCCAAAUUUUCAGUACUUACAUUUGGCCUAAUUAACAAAAAAUGAAACUUUUAGGAGUCAUUUCAAACUUGCUGCUUAUCUCUGCAUGUUGCUAUGCACUGUAUUCAUUGACACCAGCAGAUAAUCCCUAUGGUUAUACAGUGGCAUCUUUUAGUUUUGUGCAUGGACUUUUGGGAUUGGUGCGCACAUUUUCGGAAGAGACUGAAGAAUGCGGGCGUGCUUUCAUAAUAUCUGCUAGUAUAUUGGAAGUUAUACCAUUACCGUUGGCGAACAUAGAGUUCUACCUUGUAUCUGAACAAUCAGCAGUGGCAUUAGUUCACGGGCUAUCGCUUAUACCACUGCUGUACGAUAUGUUGGGUAAAAUGGGCGACGAUUGGGAUAGUGCCACUGAGACUCUAAAGGAUUUGUCAUUACUUGGAAACAUUGGAUCCACUACCUAUCUAGCCAUCAAAUACGGAAAUCCAUUCUACGGUGGAGUUGUGAUUGCAGCAUUUAUAGCAAGAUACAUAGCUGCGAUAAUUGAUAGUUUUUUGGACGGUAUUGGUUCCUUCAUUGCUAUUAUAGGUAAUGCUGGUAUACUGGCUCUCAUGACAUUUGCACUAACUACUCAAGAUUAAAUGAUGUAAUAAAAUAAAUACAGUCAGCGAAGAAAAUUCAAA